CAAUUUUGCAACUUUUUCCUCUUCUCCUCUUCUCUUCUUUCUUUCUCUUUGUUGGUGAAACCAACAAACGAAACCGAAGGAGAGAAAGGAAGAGAAGGGAGGCAGAAUUGCCUUAGGAGAUCAUAUUAUAGGUCUCCAAAUAUAAGAAGAAAAAAAGAGAAGAAGAGGAAAGAAAUGGCUUUAAAUCAAAGCUUCGUGUGUCUUAUUUUCUUCUUCCUUCUAUCUGGAUUUGCCUCUUCUUCCAUCCACAUUUCAAAUGGUGCCAUUGAAUCCCAUGGAAGUACUGGACGUUACCUCCUUCAGGCCAAAAAGGCUUGCUCUGAAGACUUUGAGCACAAGAACUACACAAUCAUCACAAGCAUGUGCAAAGGACCCGAGUACCCAGCCAAAGGCUGUUGUCAAGCUCUCAAGGAAUUCGCUUGCCCUUUCGCGGAUAAACUGAAUGACCUCAGCACUGAUUGUGCUUCAACCAUGUUCAGCUACAUAAAUUUGUAUGGAAAAUACCCACCUGGCCUCUUUGCCAAUAUGUGCCGUGAGGGGAAACAAGGUCUCCAAUGUUCUGAACCACCAACCCAAAAAAGUGGUGUGGUGGUCACUAGGCCUACAUUGCUGAUGCUCACAUCUGGAUUCCUAGUGUUGCUAUUUCAGUUGUUCUGAAAGACAAAAUGUGGAUAGCCACUCUGCCUUUUUUCAUUGUUAAUCCAUUUUCCUCUUGUCUGAGUAUGAUUUUUUAAAAAGGUCUGGUUUUCAGGCGAUGUUAUCUACUAUUUUGUAAGCUGUGGUUGAUAUUGUUUAAUUAAAAUAUCCUAAGAGUAUGAUUCUAUAAAGCA